UUUACAAAAAAACCACCAUUUUUAUAUAUAUUUCGUCAUUUAUAUAAAAAAAAAAAAAAAAAAAACAAUCCAAAACCUAGGUGGGUGUGGGUGGAGCUAAGAGUGGGAAGCACCAUCAACAUCAUCUCCAUCAUUGGGUACAUUCUUUGUGCUACAUUGGGCUCCAUGGUGAGUAAUUGCAUCUAGUUUUAGCUUCUGGAAUAUGCUAAAUAGCGUCUCCACAACAAAACCCAUUCUGGGGUUUGCGAAUCUUGAAGCUUUUUCGCAUUUUCAGACACGAAUAUGCAAAUAGGUUCACAUCAAUAUGAUUCCGGCUCAUUUGGUGGGCAAAGUUUGGACGGAAGUUUCAGAAAGACAUCAUCAGUUAUCUCCUCACGAAGUGCAUCGAGCAUAUCCACUUCAAAACGAGCAUUAAAAGCAGCUAAAGAAUGUGCAAAAAACCUUACAGAUAUUGACUUAUUCAGUCAACACCUCGAAGAAUGGAUCAACGAGAAUUCACAUGGCUUCACAUCACCCUUUCAACUCGAAGACUUACAAACCCUAGAUUUCGCUUUAGAAUCUGUAUUAUUUCAACAAUUACACCGAAUGCCAAUUUCCCAUAACUCAAAAGAACUUGAGUUUUUAGCCCUAGAAGAUUUCUUACAUGCUAUUUCUGAUUCCUUAUGGCAUACAUUUUGGGAUGAAAAAGGGUCAUCCCCAUAUUCCAUUUUGUGUCCCCGAUAUUCCGGGUCGAAAUUUUAUACCGUAGAAAAAGCGAUAUCGAGAAGACGGCUCGAUUCGCUCUGUGGGUCGGCCUUGGUUUUAAGAAACGAGGCCGACCCACAUGUCAGGUGGGACCAGGUGGUCCAAUUUGCGUUAUUCCGACCCGGAACCGGAAUCAGAAUCGGAAACGAAUCCGAUUCGACACUCUCGUGUUCUUCUAUUUCCGAAGCUUUAUUUUACGGGGCACGGAUAUUGCUUUCGAGAAUGUUAAGCAAGUAUGGAACCGGUAGUAGUGAUUCCGUUUACGUUUUAGUUCUUGAUUCCGAUUCCGGAGGUGUGGUUAAACUCGAGGGUGACCUCGGGAAACUUGAUUUAACGUCCGGGAAUCCUAAUCCGUACUUUUCGAUGGUGAAUUGGAUAACAAAUCAUGCGGAAGUUAACGUUUCUAGCGUUGAUCGGAUAUGGAACAAGUUAGGGAAUGCAAAUUGGAGAGAUUUAGGAUGUUUGCAAAUACUUUUAGCAACGUACUAUUCGAUUAGUCAAUGGAGCGGAGACGCGAAAAGGACGAUAACGUCCCUCGCGUCCGAUCACGCCCUCCGUCUGCAUCAACGGCGAGUCGAGCGGCGCCUUGUCGAGGGCGAAAAGUCGAUAAUACCCUUUUGUAAUGAACCCGAAAUUGUGAAAUUUGACGAGAAAUGUGAUCAUGAUAACCGGUUGAAGCUCGAGCAAGGCGAAGUCUUGGAAUUGGAAGAUCUUCGGAAUCAAGACGAUCGGAAUCAUAGAAGUUUUCAAGUGAAUGGAUUGAUUAACGGGUGGAAUGGAUGUUGCUAUACGGCUUUUUCUAUAGAGUUCCCAACGGAACCAUUGAUGUUAUACGUGGGGGCCCACCCGACCCGAUUAGAACCCUCAUGGGAAGACAUGAGCUUAUGGUAUCAAGUCCAAAGGCAAACAAAAGUGUUGAACAUUUUCCGGGAUCAUGGAAUUUGUAGUAAAAAUCUUCCACAAAUCGUGGAUUCGGGUCGGAUUCUACAUUCGGGUACUUGUACCCGCCCGAACCCGAAAGGCCGGUGCGAUCACCCGUCAUGCGGUACACCGAUUCUUAUCAUACACCCCACCGGCGACCCGUUGUCGACCAAAACCAUCCCGUUUACUUCCCAUGAUGCGAUCCGAUGUUGUCGCGAUUGUCUUUCCGCUCUAAAAAGCGCCAAGUCAGCAAACGUCCAGCAUGGCGACAUCUGUCCUGAGAACAUUAUAAAAACAAACGAUUUAUAUAUUUUAGUUUCGUGGGGUCGGGCGGUUUUGGAUGAUAAGGACACGUGUCCAGCUGUUAACCUACAAUUCUCAUCAUCUCAUGCUUUACAACAUGGGAAGCUUUGUCCUUCUUCUGAUUGUGAGAGUCUUGUGUAUCUUGUUUACUAUCUUUGUGGUGGAAAAAUGGCGAGUCAACAGGAGGCGGAUUCGAUUGAGUCAGCGCUGAGGUGGCGGCAAAGAUUGUGGGCCAAGAGGGUGAUUCAGCAGUAUUUAGGUGAGGUGUCGGCUUUGUUGAAGGCGUUUGCUGAUUAUGUUGAUGGGCUUGUUGGAACACCGUGUGUGGUGGAUUAUGAUGUUUGGGUUGACCGGUUUAAUAAGGUGGUGGAUGGAGUUGGGAAUAGGGGGAAAGUGGUUGAAGAAGUGGUGAGAGUUGAAGAUGUUGGUGAGUCUUCUGGGAUUAGUGAAAAUGGUUGAUUGAUGUGUUGUUUUUAUGGGAAUAUGUGAUUAGACAUGAUUCUUUUGGAUUGGUGUUAAAAGUUCUUGAAAAUUGUUAUCUUUUUUGAUAUAUGAAAUUGUUUAGGUUUUGGAAUGUUGGCGUUUUUGACCAUUGUUGUUCUACGUGAUUCAAGAAUUGCAAUAGAAAGAUUUUGAGGCACCUUGGAAGAUGAA